GCCGAGCUGGACGGUCUGGCGGCCGCGCCGCCAGGCGGGCGCUGGCCGGACGGAGCCGCCAGUAGGCUCCUCGCGUGCCAUGGGGGCUCCGUCGCCAGGGCCUUGGCGAGCCUGCUGGCCGCCCUCGAGGACGCCGAGGCCGCCCUGGCCCUGAUCGAGCCGCUCGCGCAGGCGGGCCAGGUCCCAGCCCCUUCCUGGAGGGCGCACGCCUGCAGCGCCGGCUCCUGCGCGGCGUGCACGACUUCGCCGCCGCCGCCCUGCUGGCGGAGGGCGGCCAGGCGGCGCUGGUGGAGGCCGCGUGGGCCGCAUUCAUCGACCACGGCCGGGCACGCGCUUGCCCCUCCGCCGAAUCGCGGGCGUUCCGGCGCUUGCAGCGGGGCGGGGCUGGCGCAGCCGUGUGCCGACCAUGCGGACAAGUACUCCCGGGUGGCGGAGUACCUGCAGCGGCUGGGGCACUCUGCAAGCCUGGAGGCGCCGAUCGGCUUCGCGGCAGAUUGCGUCCGCAGGCUGUCGCCCAUCACCCUCGGCGCGCCGGGCCACAAGGCCCACUUUGCGCUGGCGCGCCUGUACGAUCUCCGGGGGUACUUCUCUGAUGCGGUGGCGCAUUUGAGGAAAGCCCACAGUAUGAAGCGGGCCAGUGGCUAUGACUUCGAUUCCGAUCCGGUGUUCCUCGUUGUGCAGAGCAUGCUCCAGCACUACAGCCGCCAUACCUUCUCACACCUGAUGUCUCUUUCUGCAGAGCCGUCGAUCAGACCUCCUGUCUUUAUCCUGGGUCUGCCUCGGUCGGGCACUAGCCUGGUUCACCAGAUGCUUUCAGCGUUUCCGAACGUACAAGCGCUGGGCGAAUCACCAGUCAUGGAAGAGCUUGAUGGUGCGCUGCGGAGUGCCUACUUGGGAACGCCAGCGAAGAAGGGCGAUCCCACUUUCAUCGCUUUGGAUUACCUGCCCCACUUGACAAGUGAUGGUAUUAUGCAGGCGCGGAAGUACUUCUGCGACUUCCUGAAGGUACCUUUCGGAACAGAGAGCCUGAUCGUAAAUAAAAACGUGUUUGAUUUCGCGUACGUCGGGCUCAUACGUCUGGUUUUUCCGGAUGCACGCAUCGUCCAUGUGCGCCGAGACCUUCGAGACGCAGCAGUUUCUAUGUUCUUCCAAGAUUUCCAGUCUGUGCGAUUCUCCCACACCUUUGGUGACAUCGUUCGCUUCAUCAGCGCUUACUCUGCUUUGAUGGCUCACUGGCAAGACGUCCUGCAGAUCGAAGUGUUGGACAUACGCUACGAGGCCCUCGUGACCGAUGACGCAGAGCGCCGCAGGUUGAUUGAGUAUGUGGGCUUAUCUUGGGAUGACUAUGUGAUGGAAGGAGAGCAAUGGAGACACGUCAAGGUCAUAAAGACAUGUUCGUUCUGUCAGACGCGCGCGCCGCUCUACAACAGCAGUAUUGGGCGGUGGCGAGGCUACGCUGAACACAUUCAGGAGCUUGGCUCCGUGGGCGAUCAUGGAUAA